UCGAUAGUGAAAUCCAAUAAACAGACGGAGUAGUAGUGUUAUUUAGGACAACAGUACGUUCGGUUUGUGGAACCGUAGCUAGCCAAAUAGUUUGUUCGAAUAGCUUCCGAAAUGACCUUCAAAGACGUUCUACGCGGUGUUGGAGAUGUCAUCGUGAACAACAAGCUGCUCACGUUUCUGAGUGUGGCGCUGUUUGCCUUCGUUAUCGCUACGAUUGCCCUGGCCAGUGAGAACAAUAGUAACGCGAACGCUCUCGGCGAGUGUGAAAGUCGACUUUGGACUGCUACCUCGGUGACUCCGGGAACCACCACGGUAGUGCCGGCGGAUACGACAACCGUUACCGGUGCACCGACAUCAACGGAUGCAAUAACAACACCGGAAGCAGCAACAACAACAACAACAGUAAUACCAGAUACAACACAAGCACCAUAAUAUUUCAGUAUCUUACACUCAUUUUUUGGGUAUCUCUACACUGCCCAUGAUCGCAUAUUUGUCCCGUUUUCUAUGGGAUUUCCUAUCAUUAUGGGACUGAUUUACGAUCAUGGUCAGAACACUACAUGCCAAAAUAAAUCCUAGUUGAGCGGAGUG